AUGUUGGCAGGAAAUCCAAGUAGAGGUGAGGAUAAAACUCGCUCUCUGCAGCAAAAAACUUCUGAAUUCAACUCUCUUCUCAAUGGAAUUCCGGCGAGUACCAAUAUUCUUCUUGUCGACACCAAUUUCGUCACUUUAUUUGAUAUGAGGGACAUCAUGCAGCAAUACGCCUAUGAAGUGACGAUUUUUACAGAAGCGGACGAAGCUAUCGCGUUUUUGACAAACUGUGAACAUGAAAUUAAUAUCGUGAUUUGGGAUUUUAAUAUGCCCGGAAUUAACGGACUCCAAGCUCUCGACAUUAUUGGUUCGAGGUUGGAUUUGCCUGUCGUGAUUACGGCUGAUGAUGAUCCAGUAGAAUCUGUGAUGCAAGCAACGUUACAUGGUGCAUGCGACUAUUUAGUGAAGCCGGUUAAAUCAUCGAUCAUAGCCAACAUAUGGCAACACAUUGUACGCAAGAAGAUGAUGCGUAAACCCGGUUUAGUUCCACCGGUUCAAUCAGAAGACAAAGGUGGACAAAACAUCGGUGAGGCUGAAGAGAACGCAGCAAAGAAACCGCGAAUGGCGUCAGCGAGUGAAGAAACUCAACCACUUCCAUCAGAUCCGGUUCCGAGUAAUGGUUUAGACAAAGACAACGAUAACUCCAAGACCAUAAAGCAAGGCAACGGUGAAAAAGACAAGGUAAAUCCGAAGAAACCGAGGACAGUGUGGGAUAACGAUCUUCAAGAGAAAUUUCUCGAAGCCAUUGAUGUAGCUGGUGGUAGUGAAAAAGCUAAUCCAAAGGAAAUUCUCAAAAUUUUGAAAGAGAUGAAAGUCGAAGGACUUACUGGAAACAAUGUGGCUAGUCAUCUUCAGAAAUAUCGUCAAAGUCUUGCUGAAGUCAAAGCUCCUGCUCAACCGGUGCAAGAGGCUCCUUGGGUUCCCUUAGGCGUGUACGAUACUUUAGUAAAAAGUUCGUCAAUUAAGAUCAAUGAUGACCAGGUCCAGCAGGACCAAUAUCGCAACAAUGUUCAAACAACAUCACUGUUGAAUGGCUUCACGAUCCAGCCGAACCAAUAUCCAAACAAUUUUCUCACAACAACGUCACUGUUGAAUGGCUUCACGGUCCAGCCGAACCAAUAUCCAAACAGUAUUCACACAACAACAUCGUCACUGAUGAAUGGCGGCCUAAGCAGUGUUCAGACAGCAACAUCGUCACUUGUGAAUGGCGACAAGGUCCAGCAGAACCAGUAUCUGAACAAGGUGCACGCAGCAACGUCGUCACUUGUGAAUGGCGACACGGUCCAACAGAGCAAGUAUCGAAGCAGUGUUCAGAGAGCAACAUCGUCACUUGUGAAUGUCCAGCAGAACCAACAUCUAAGCAGUGUUCACACAGCAACAUCGUCACUUGUGAAUGGCGACACGGUCCAGCAGAACCAGUAUCUGAACAAGGUGCACACAGCAACAUCGAUGAAUGGCGAGACGGUCCAGCACCAGUAUCUCAACAAUGUUCACACAGCAACAUCGUCACUUGUGAAUACCGACCCGAUCCAGCAGAACCAAUAUCGAAAUGGUUACUCGACUGUGAACAACAACAACGACAACCAGUUCAUGACCAAUCCUUUGCCCCGUUUGCCCUAUCUUGACCAUCCCCAUCUCCAGCCGCAGCAGCCCCAACAGGAGUCCCAGCAGGAGCCCCAGCAGCAGCAGCCCCAACAGGAGCCCCAGCAGCAGCAUGAUCAACAACUUCCGCUAUCUCAUGAAUGGAAUUACGUGACAAGCAAUUACGAACCUGAAGAAGACUAUAGCGCAACGGAACCUGAGCUCAUUUAUACAAAUUCAACAUAUGAUCUAGGAGAGUAUUUUCCAAAUGGCUACAACUUCCCUCAGUGA